AUGUCAGAGCUCCACCCGGCGAUCGAGGAUGACUUCCAUGCCCUCUUCCAUGAAGUACCUCAUGACCAUCUCACGCUGAACUCGAUAAAACGGCAGGUCCCUCUCAUCCUGAUGCUAACGACGUUUCUUGCCGGGCUGCUACCGCUUACGUUAAAAUUUCGUUACACCUGGCUGCAGUUGAGGCAGCUCUUCUUGAGCCUCGGAGUCGUCGAUAAUCGAUCCGUCUUGCACCUUCUGAUGAUCCGCGUCACCUUGGGUAUGCUGCUAACAUCGUGUUUCGUCUGUUUGCUCCCGAAGACGCGCGAGCUUUUGGAGUUCGACGUCGCCAGAAUUCCCAACGCGGAGAUCCUCAUCAGUUUCGCUUUAGCGCUCUUGAUAGUGUACCAAGAGACCGUCGUCCACUGUCUCAUCGACCCCGACGAAAAUUACAACAAACAGAGGCAUCUUUAUCUAGUCUACUUCCUAAGACAUCGACUGGAUGUACCGAAGUUUCUUCCUGAAGAACCGCGUUCACCGAGAGAGCAGGAUGAAGCCGGGGAAGAACCUCGGAUGGUUGCCGUUCCCCCACCGUCGGGAGGCGACGAUGCUCUGGCGACUCCCCGCGGCCCGCAGAAGAUCAAAUCGAGACCGAUGUCGAACGUGGAGCGGAUCAGAGAAUACCAAACAGAGAAGAGGCUUUACGAAAAACAAAUCAACCCGAGAUUGAACGCGUCGGUGUCUGUGGGUGUGGUGGUUCUAUUGGCUCAUUCCACUCUUGACGGAUGUGCCUUGGGAAUGCAAGCCACGGUCAGUGAAACUUUCUUUGUCCUGACCUGCUUCUUAGCGCACCGGGCUCUGCUCGCGACGACGAUAACAAUAGAAUUGAUGUACUCAAACUUUUCUUCAAAAGCGAUCGUAUGGGUUAUGUCGGUGUACGCUUGUGCCCCGGCCAUCGGGGCUAUGGUUGGCAUCAUGGCGGUAUCCGAUGAGCGACUCGCCCCAUUAUUGGGUAUCGCUUGUGGUGCGUCAACUGCGGCUUAUCUCUACACAAUAUUCUUUGAAACUCUGAGGAGCGUCCCGAUAAAUUCGGAUUCCGCGAUUCUUCUCAAUUUCUCAACGUUCAUGGGCAGUGCAGUUUCCGCGAUCGUGAUUAUCCUCAUCAAAGUACGACUGCACCUGAAGCCCUGA